AGUGAAAGGGUUAAAUAACAGGCCCCGCCUCCUCAGUCACCAAUAGCUAUGCAGCAGCUGAACCAGGAGGAAAUAUGACAUGACAGGCAGCUUCCAAUACUGCAGUUCUCUGCGUCUUUUCAAACUUCUGGUCAAGUUCCUGCUUGUUCCUUUCUCCUUGAAUAGAGGGACUGGGAUCCCUUUCAUGUCAGUUAAGUGUCUGGAAACAAUGAAAGCGAAGCAGCUUUGAAGAGGUCAGAGAUAUCACAGCUGGCAACAGUCCAAAGAGAGCAGGAAAAAAAAGGCUCAAUGGCAUACCGACUUUUUGAAGGGAAGGAACACGCUUCUGUCUACCAGAAGUACCGAUUCAGCCCUCCAGCAGGGCUCACAGACCUUAUCAUUCAGUACUUGGACAAAAAGAAAGGGCCGCCACAUGAGCUGGCAGUGGAUCUUGGAUGUGGGACGGGUCAGAACACCCGACUCCUGGCUCCACACUUCAAAGAAGUCGUCGGCAUCGACAUCAGCGAGAGUCAACUGGGGGAGGCCAGAGCUGUGCCAGGGUUCUCCAACAUCACAUACAAAACUGGAACAGCAGAGAAGCUUCCGUUUCCAGACGGUUCCGUUGACCUUUUGGCAGCAGCUUCAGCCGCUCACUGGUUUGAUGUGCCAAAGUUCUUGGCGGAGGCAAAUCGGGUUCUGAAACCCGGGGGCUGCAUGGCUCUGCUGGGCUUUGGUGAUAACUGCCCCAAAUUUACCUACAAGGACUGUGGGGACAAACUCAACUCCAUUUAUCAAGAG